CCUGCCAUAUCUGACAAACCUGGUGAUGAGUGAAGACCUGAGAGCUGAACCAGACCAGCUGAUGGCUGAAUACUAGUACAGCACUGCAUGAUUUUUAAAAUUUAGACAUGUAAAAAUUGCCAUUUACAGUGAGGCUUCAAGAGUCUGUUAGAGAAGCAAAAGUAACCACAAUGAACACUGAGGCACUUCAACAUCUGGAGGCUCCGAGCUCUUUGUGAUGGUACCAGGGAAGAGGAAGACUGUGAUAAAAAAAGAGGCCCAACCUCCGUCACUGCCAGCUAAAAACAGCCAGAAUGGAGAAGUUCUCCAGUGAAAUGUUCUUCAUUCUUGCUGGAUUGAAUGAGACAAGGGGAGACAAAAACAUCUACUUUGGCUUUUCUUUUGUGUCCUACCUCUGUACACUUUUUGUAAAUCUGUCUCUCAUACUAAUCAUUUCCACAGAGAAGAUUCUCCAUGAGCCCAUGUUCAUCUUCCUGUGUAAUCUCUGUGUUAAUGACAUUUAUGGAGCUACUGGUUUCUACCCCAAGAUUCUCCUUGAUCUUAUAUCAAAUUCCUGCGUUAUUUCAUACAGCGCAUGUAUACUUCAGAUUUUUGUGGUCCACACUUAUAUGCUCUCUGAACUGACAAAUCUAACAGCAAUGGCUUAUGACAGGUAUGUUGCAAUUUGCAAACCACUGGAGUAUCACUCCAUCAUGACACCACAGAGGCUGAGGAGCCUGGUACUAACUGCCUGGUUUUUUCCUUUAAGUCAGAUUUUGAUGGGCGUAUUGCUGACGGUCAGGCUGCCUCUCUGUGGUAUUAGGAUUGAAAAAGUUUACUGCUCCAACUGGGACGUGGUGAGGUUAUCCUGCUCUGAUUACACUCUGAACAAUCUUCAUUCCUACUCUAUCAUUGUUUCAUACUUUAUUCAGUUGGGGAUGAUCGUGGUCUCCUACAGCCACAUCAUUAAGGUGUCUAUAAGAUCCCGGGCAGAACAGAAGAAGUUCAUGGAGACCUGCCUGCCCCACCUGCUCACUCUGAUGAACUUCAUUCUUUCCCUUCUUUUUGAUGUCAUGUACGCACGCUAUGGCUCCAGCAGCAGCCUUCUGCCCCUCCGUAACGUGCUCUCUAUAGAGUACCUCAUCGUUCCUCCCCUGCUGAACCCCCUCAUUUACGGCCUCAAGCUGAAGCAGAUUCGUCGCAGUGUCUGGAGGCUGCUCUACAGAAAAGUCAGUGUGCUGACAUAGAUCUCUUGUUAACUGUUAUGGAAACUAUGAAAGUGGAUCAACAUUUCAUCUGACUGUUGGUAUUUCUCUUCUCUGUGACGUUAUUAGAAUCAUAUUUAGAUACCAUGUCUGUAAGGU